AUGAGCGCCGAAGCCCCCAACGUCACCAAAAUCACGAGCAAGGCUCAGUUCGACGAGCUCAUCAAGCAGAAUCCCCGCGUCGCCGUCCAGGCCCACGCCGAGUGGUGCGGCCCCUGCAAGGCCAUCUCGCCCGUCUUCGACAAGCUCUCGACCUCAGCCACCGGCGUCACCUUUGCCCGCUUCGACACCGACGACGUCCCGGACCUCUCCCAGGAGUUCGGCAUCCGCAGCAUCCCCGCCUUCUUCUUCUUCAAGGACGGCAACAAGGAAAGCAACAUUGCCGGCGCCAAUCCAAAAGCCCUUCAGGAAGCCGUCUCGUCCUUGUCCAAGUAG